AUGUGUCAUGCCGAAAAAUUGGAAAUUUCAUCAAAAUAUAAAAGCAAUCUUUCACACGUUUAGAGGGUUACAUCAACAGUAGUGCUCUAGUUCAAAAUGAGGCUAAUAUUGUUGGUAGCGCUAUGCUGCGUCUUCUAUCUCGCAACGGCAGCACCUCAACCGUCAGGUGAAAAACAAAACUCGUCAGGUGGAAAACAAAGCUCGUCAGGUGAUAAACAUAGCUCGUCAAAUGGAGGCAAAGGCUCGUCGGGCGGAGGAAAGAACUCGUCGAGUGGAGGAAAGGACUCGUCGAGUGGAGGAAAGGACUCGUCGAGCGGAGGAAAGGACUCGUCGAGCGAAGGAAAGAAUGCGCCCAGCGAAAAAAAGAGCGCGUCGGGUGGAGGAAAUAGUACGUCGUGCGAAGGAAACAAAGAGUCGGAUGAUAAAUCAUCGACAGAUAUGGAAUCAGCACCUAAGGACAAUUCAAUGUUCCCAGUCAUCACAAAAUGGCUACUCAAAGAGCUUAGGCAAUUCAUGCCGACCGUUUACGCGAUUAUUAGAUUCUGCUGGAACUGGAUGGUUUCAGCCGUCAAGAAGCUUGUAGACGUCCUUUUCCCGGGCCCUAUUCUGACUUACCUAAUAAAUACAUUUAACAAGACCAAACAUAAAUAAUAUGUGAAAGGUCUACA